AUGGAGGGAGAGAUGCAGCCCGCGGAUGAAGGGCCCUGCGCCCCGAAGAUGUACCGACAACAACGGGGCCCCCACAGUACCCUGAAAACCUUCCAGAGCAAGCGGUCGGCGGGUAAGUCGCGCUUUGACAGGUCCGCUGUGGUCGAGAUGCCUGUGUUUAGCGACGGGGGCGGACAUCACUUCACUUUCCAUCCCGGGCAGCCUCAUCCGUUCCAGCCGCACCAACACCACCAGCGUCUGCAGCUCCAUCAAACCAGCGUCGCGAUCAGCAGCAGCCAGCAGCAUCACCCCAUCCCUCAGCAGCAGCGUUUCCCAUGUGAGACCAGGCCCAGCAGCAGGGUCCCGACAUCCACCUCAGCGGCCGGUUGCGCGGUGGCGGCGGCGGCGGCGGCUGCGUCUCUGAGCGCGCAACAGCAGCAGGAGCAGCGGCGCGGCGGUGGAGGAGGAGGAGGAGGAGGAGUGGAGCCCAGAUUCUCCCCUGGAAGAGCAGCUCUGAACCAAGAAGCUCCAGACUGCACCUAUGGAAUCAGCUCAGAGAACCGUCUCAUCUUGGAUGCCUUCGCCCAGCAGUGUAGCCGAGUCCUCAGCCUGCUCAACAACGGCCGCCUCCUGGAGUCGUCCUCCUCCCUCACCUCUAACAUCAAGCUGGAGGACGGACCAGAGGAGGUCCAGGGGCUGCACUGCUCCUCCCUCGGGAAGACCAAAUCUGAAGAGAGCUCCUCCACCACAGACCUAGAGGAGGAGGUCCAACAAAGCCAUCUGAACCAACAACAGACCUCUGCUGUUCUCCGUAUCUUCACAGACUCCCUCCAGAACUAUCUCCUCUCAGGGCCUCAGCAGCAGCCACAUCUGGCCUCAGGCCUGGAGGACGAGUGUCCGCGGGUGGAGCCCGGUUCUGGGGUUUCUCCUCAGCGCCACAGCCUCGGGGGGUGGGGCUCCCCGACCCCGUCAGAGUCCUACGGUCACCCGUCGUCCACGCUGCCUGAGGAGGAGGAGGAGGAGGAAAACUGCUGUCCACGCUGCCUGGAGCUGGAGCAGGAGGUUCUGUCGCUGCAGCAGGAGAACGAGGAGCUCCGCAAUAAGCUGGAGAACAUCCCAGUUCCCUGUCAAAAUGUUCUCGACUACUUCAAGACUGUUCUUGAGUUUCACAACCAGCUGGUUCAGCCGACGCCAGAGGAGCAGCUUACCGAGGAAGAAGAACGGCAAUCAGUCUUUGAGGGGAGUAAGCAGCUGCUGGAGAACUAUCCGCUCUUCAUCUCUAACAAGCAGUGGGACGAGGCUGUCAACUCCUCUAAAAAGGACGGCAGGCGGCUGCUGCGCUACCUGAUCCGCUACGUCUUCACCACAGACGAGCUGAAGUUCUCCUGUGGUUUGGGUAAAAGGAAGCGUUCAGUCCACUCAGGAGAACCGGGCCUCGAGAGACGACCACUCAACCCCGUCAAAGUCAGCUGCCUCAGAGAGAUGAUUUUCUUAAAACCACACACUGGAUGGUUCGACCUCUCCUCAGAGUUCAUCCGGAUGCACUGUGCCUCAAACCCCGACUGGUGGAUGCCGUCAGAGGAGCAGAUCAACAAAGUGUUCAGCGACGCCGUGGGUCACGCUCGUCAGGGCCGGGCGGUCGGAACCUUCCUGAGCAGCAGCGGCAGCGGGAGCAGCACCAGCAGCCUCUACAUGGACGGCUUCGACGGACACCUGUCCCAGGACGAACUGUAUCUGAAAGGCUGCCAGAACGGCCAGUCGGACUGA